UGCUGCUGAUAUCCAAUCCAGUGGCCCAGAUCUUUUCAUUAGAGUCUUUUUUCUCCUUCUUUUGAAAUAUUUGUAAAUAUGCCAUCCACUCCGAGUUUCCUACAAAUAACCGCUACACAGGUUUUCACCACCACACUCUUCCUACCAUGAAGUUUUGCGAAUUACUCUCUUCCCACUGUUUUUUUUUCUUGUAUUCCAGCUGAAGAAUGCAAAUUAAUUUUGAUAUUAGUCGAAGCAGAACACAAACGGAAAGGGAAUGUGAUGCCAAAACAGGCUUAAAGCUCAGUACAAAUGGGCUUUUAAAAUUACUACAUGCACAGUUUAUGAAAAGUGCUUAAUACAAAUGGUGGACACACAGCUGAGUGUUCUCGUCAGCUCUUCUAAUGAACCGGUUUAUUGCUUCUUUCAGAGUGUAUGGAAAUGUUCAGAGUUCAGUAACUCCCUGUGCUGUUCAGCUAGUCUGUAGUUUUUCCUCAUUAGUGUUUUUGGUGUUUUUUUUUUUUUUCCUUUGGUGCAUCAUGGUAAUAUCGGUCCCUACCAAAUAUUUUUGGGGCCUAAGUUGCAUGAAUUAUUUGGAGCCUGGAGAAGUUGCAGUUUGAAAUGGAACUGCUGGAGCCCUGAAGAAUCCUAAUUUUGGUGCUUUGCAAAGUCUCAUUGACAUUUAUUGUCCAGUUUCCUCUUCUGCACUCGUCCUGUUCGAAUGAUGAAACGAGGAGGAAGAGAUAGUGACCAUAAUUCAUCAGAAGAAGGUACUGCAGAGAAUUCUAAGAAAUUGAGGACUACAAAUGAGCAUUCUCAGACUUGUGAUUGGGGUAAUCUCCUUCAGGACAUUGUUCUCCAAGUAUUUAAGUAUUUGCCUCUUCUUGACCGGGCUCAUGCGUCACAAGUUUGCCGCAACUGGAACCAGGUAUUUCACAUGCCUGACUUGUGGAGAUGUUUUGAAUUUGAACUGAAUCAGCCAGCUACAUCUUACUUGAAAGCUACACAUCCAGAGUUGAUCAAACAGAUUAUUAAAAGACAUUCAAACCAUCUGCAAUAUGUCAGCUUCAAGGUGGACAGCAGCAAAGAAUCAGCUGAAGCAGCUUGUGAUAUAUUAUCACAACUGGUAAAUUGCUCUUUAAAAACACUUGGACUUAUUUCAACGGCUCGGCCAAGCUUUAUGGAUUUACCAAAGUCUCACUUUAUUUCUGCACUGACAGUAGUGUUUGUAAACUCCAAAUCCUUAUCCUCGCUUAAAAUAGAUGAUACCCCAGUAGAUGAUCCAUCCCUCAAAGUACUAGUGGCCAACAACAGCGAUACACUCAAGCUGCUGAAAAUGAGCAGCUGUCCUCACGUCUCUCCAGCAGGUAUCCUUUGUGUGGCUGAUCAAUGUCAUGGCUUACGUGAACUGGCCCUGAAUUACCACUUGUUAAGUGAUGAAUUGCUGCUUGCUUUAUCUUCUGAAAAACACGUCCGAUUGGAACAUUUGCGCAUUGAUGUAGUCAGUGAGAAUCCUGGACAGACACACUUCCAUACUAUUCAGAAAAGCAGCUGGGAUGCUUUCAUCAGACAUUCACCAAAAGUAAACUUAGUGAUGUAUUUUUUUUUAUAUGAAGAGGAAUUUGAUCCAUUCUUUCGGUAUGAAAUACCUGCCACCCAUCUUUACUUUGGGAGAUCAGUAAGCAAAGAUGUGCUUGGCCGUGUGGGAAUGACAUGCCCUAGGCUAGUUGAACUAGUAGUAUGUGCUAAUGGAUUACGGCCACUUGACGAAGAGUUAAUUCGCAUUGCAGAACGUUGUAAAAAUUUGUCAGCUAUUGGACUAGGGGAAUGUGAAGUCUCAUGUAGUGCCUUUGUUGAGUUUGUGAAGAUGUGUGGCGGCCGCCUGUCUCAGUUAUCCAUUAUGGAAGAAGUAUUAAUUCCUGACCAAAAAUAUAGUUUGGAGCAGAUCCAUUGGGAGGUGUCCAAGCAUCUUGGUAGGGUGUGGUUUCCAGACAUGAUGCCCACUUGGUAAAGACUGAAUGAUGUAGGGCAUGGUGAAUAGCACCUUAACAUUAAGCAUAUUGUAUUUAUAAUAAGAGUUUAUUUCCUGUAGUUCUGAUGUAUUCUAUUUUGUGGCAUGGAAAUUUGAUAUCUGCAUUGAAUACGUAAGGAUUGUUCAUUGGAAGACCCAUGGACCAGUUUCCGUCAGAAAACUUCAUCUCUUUCUUUAGCCUAAUAGCAAUCAAAGCUCAGAAAAACUUUUUUUAAAUGUGGUUCAGAUCUGAAAUUAAUAACCAGUUAUGAAGCUUAACAGUCUGAAAGAAACAAAACCUAUAUAUUAUAAUAUCUGAGAAGUGAGUACUAAUAGGUUUUCCAAAGUUAUGUUCUCUAUGCAUUUUUUUAAAAAUGUAAACUUGACAUUUUAGGGUCUUCAGUUAUACAUACACCUGUUAUAAGGUGUUUAAUAUAGCUCAGGACAGAGCAUUUUGUGAGAAAAAUGUAGGAUAUAUCAUAUCGAAUGAAAGAGAUUGGUUGAAUGUUCUGGAAUAUGUUACAGAGCUGUUCAAAGAGGUGUGUGUAAGUAAUUGGAUCUCUUAGAAAACUGGAAGUAUCAAAGUGGUUAUUAUAGAAAGAUAAUAAACAGAGCCAAGAUCAAAGUAAAAGAAAAAAACAGGAAGGGAGGCAGUGUUUAACUUUGUAUAAACUUUCAGGUUUGCUCUAUAAUCUGCUAAACCAUAUAAAUUCUCUUCUGUGAUGUUACUAUGUAUGUGACACUUUGAGGCAUCCUAUUGUAAAGUAAGGAAUGCUUUACCAGUUCUCCUUGGUUUUGUUUAUCUUUGUUUAAGCUAGUUUUGAAGUAUUAUACAGUAAUUGAAAUGAAAAGCUUAUCUAUUUAAAAAAGCCAAAUUAAAGUAAUUAAAAGUAGAACUUUAAAAUGUUUAUAAAUUAUUUCCAUGAAAGAAUAUUAUUCUCCAGUGAAUUUUAGUGAUGGCUCAUUUUUCCAUUUUGGAAUUAAAUAGUUACAUAAGUAGAACUUUCAAAAAUCAUAAAAGGAGCACCAAUGUAGAGUUCAGUAUAAACAAGUAAACUUAAAAGAGGAUAUAUUUAAGUUCAUAAUCAUAUUUUUGAGUAAAUAUUGCUCAGUGGACUGGAAAAUUUUAAUAGAAAAAUAUCUGCAGUUUUGUGAUUGUUAAUUUGGUUAAAGUGCUAUUUUAUAUUAUUUAAGUUAGGUAGCAUUUUUAUUACUUUCAUAUGAAUAAAGGUAAUCCAUACAUUGCUGUAAAAAUACUAAGUUUUGGGCUACAUUUAGUUUUUUUAGGUAUUAUAUAAGCUUUGAUACUGAGCACUAGCGCUAGUAGAUAUUACCUUCCUAAGGGAAAUUACAAAUGAUUUAACCCAACGGACUAAUAUAUUAAUGCUUGAAACUUUAGAAAGCAUCUUGGUAAUUAUGGAAACUAACAGUCUUACAGAUCUAAUCUAUUUUUAAAAUAGAUUACCUUCCUAAGAAUAAAGUAAAAGGUUAUUUUUCAAAAGGGUAUUCUGGCCACAUAUAAAUGAGAAAAAAGGCUGAUCCAGACUUGGAAAUUAAAAGCAAUUAUUGUAAUAUUUUCCCCUCUUACUAAACAGUAAAUAGCUUUGUACAAGAGAUACCUGUGUUAGUGGAUGAAACUUUUUUUCCUUGAACAACUUUGGAAAAUGGAUUUGACAAUACAUAAUCAGUUCUAACCAAAGCUUUAUUUGGAAAUUUACUUUUUUGUACAAAUUGAAUUAUAUAAUGCUUGAAAUACUUUAAGUCACUUUAUAAGUAAAAUGCAUAGCACUUACUUUGUUUAUACUGUAAAGUAUAUGUUAAAUGCAUUUAUCAAUUUGAGAAUAAAGAUAGUUACUAAU